AUGUUACAUGGCUUUGAAUAUUAUUGGAAUCAACUUUUGGACUUUCCUAAUGCAAAACCAUAUCUUGAAUGUUAUCUUUAUAAACGUCGACAUUCAUGGGCGCAUGCUUUCACUAUAAUGGCAUUUAUACUUGGAAUUCAAUCUACAUCUUUCGUCAAAAGUCAAAAUGUAUGUAUCAAGCAAGUGUUGAAGAAUAGUAAUAUGUCUUUGUGUGAUCUAGAGCAAAUGAAAGAAAGUUUAUAUUAUACUGCCAGUCAUUCCACAAUUGAAGAAGUAGAAUCACUUACAGUUCAUGAAUCUCUUCAAUGCAAAGAUAUAGAUAAUAAGUUUGAUGCAGUUUAUCUUUCUGCUAAGUAUCUUUUAGAUCAUUUGGAGCAGAAUUCAAUUAAGGAGAUCUGGAAAGUGUCAAGAGUUACAAGUUAUUGGAAGGCAGAAUUUAGUUUGAUAUUGAUAGCAGCACAAUGGAUCCCUAGAAACAUAUGGCUAGAAGCAGCAAAAAAAUCUAGUGACAAAAGUAUCGUUCAAGAAAGUAGUGAGUGUCAAUUUGUGUGGUUGCAACUAUUUGCUAGUAAUGAAACUGAGAACCCUAUAAAUGAAGAUUUGGGUCUCGCUCAUACUGCUAUUAAUAAGUGUAUGUUACAUCGUGAUUAUGAAUUUGUUGGUUUAAUUAAAGCCUAUCUAGAUAAGAUUCAUGUAAGAGAAGAUGAAUUGAUCGAAAAACAAGAAGCCACAGCAGAUCAAGAUUCUAUUGAAAAUAUAGAAGGCAAUAUAUCAAUUGUGAAUCCUUGA